CACACUCCUUCUCCCCCAGCCUCUCUUCGCCCCCCUCCCUCCUUUUGCUUACAAGGAGACAGGGGGCUUGCAUGGCGACACGGAGAGGAGGUCAUGAUGAAGAGAUGCAGAGAGAAAAGGCGAGAGAGCAAAAAAGGAGCAGGACGGGGAGAACUGAGAGGAGCAUCUGAGACGAUAACUGCCUGUUUGCUCACUCUUGCCUUCUUACUCCCCCUCCUGUCCUUUCACUUCCACUCACAGAACAAACGCUCAGACAACUAGGUAGGCACAGCGGAGCUGAGAGCUGUGAGGGAUGGAUAAAAGGGUUCCCACGUGAAAGGCAUGAAUCUACGAGAAAAGAGGAGGGUGAAAUAGAGGAAGACACAACCAGAGAGGAGGAGGAGGAGAGAGAGAGAGAGAGAGAGAGAAAGAGGUGAGCUGGAGAGGAAAGGGAGACAAGAGAGGAGCAGAUGGACUCUGCACAGAGGAAGGGGAACGGUGCGAAGCUCACUGAGCAGCAGUGACAGAGAGGUGGGAAUUAAAAAAGAAAAAGCAAACAUGAAUGCCAGAGGGAUGGAAGAAUGGGAGGAAGCGACGUGAAGGAAUAGCUUGGGAAGAGGGAGCGAGCACUUGUGGGAAGACAACACAGAAGGAAAGCAGGAAGAGAGAGAGAGAGAUGAGGAACUCAUGCUGCCUUCGACCAUGAGAGAAUGAGUCACGGAGAGAAGAGCUGAGAAAAGAAAGAAGCAGAGAGAGAAAAAGAAAGAGAGAAAAAAAAAAAUUAAAAAAGGAAGCAGAAGAGACCAAAAAAAAAAGUUAAAAAAGACCAGAUCAUUAUGGGAACGCAGUCAAGCCAAUCCCGUACUUUGGCCAUCCAAUCUCCUGAGGGCCCAGGGGACAAAGCAGGUGGAGAAGGAGAGGCUGCCAAGUAGACCAGCCAAUGUGAUGGACAGACAAAGGAUAGGCUGCAUUCCCUUCCUCUCCACUUAUCUGCAGGUAACCUCCCUGGCCUCUGCAAGAGUUCUUCUUGCUGGAAUGUUAAAGAGAAAUGUGAAUAAGAGGCAAAAAAUAAGUGUACAACUUCAGAAGACAUGAAACAGCAUGGACAUUUUAAAGAAUAUUUGAUGCUGCAUAUAUUUAUUUUUAUAUAAGAUUUUAAAGGGAAGUUUAAGACAAGUUUUCUCACAGAUAUCUAUACUAUACCUUGAAUUGGGAAAAUGGUAAUCGAUCUUUUCUUGAGGACAAUCUUAUUUGCAAAGGAAGUCCUUGGUGUACAGAUGAGCUGAGCAGCUAAAUGCAAUACUGUAUAGAGACUGCUACAUCUACAGCAUUUUCUGGGAUGAAAGUGAAACGUAGUCAGUCAAUCGUAUAGAUCUCUCACUGUUACACUGAAUAUAUAGUAAUGGAGAGAUCGCUUUCCUUGUUGACACACUAACACAAGAGAUUCUCCACAACAGCAACCUGCCUUCACAGUGUGUGGAUGUUGUGGGAGCGAGAGAGGCUGGAGAAAUGGUGAGCAAAGAGCCUGACCACUUGCUCACAGGCCAGACCAAUGGCAAGAGCAGCUUGGCAGACAAGUUACCUGGGACAAUGACCGUGCGCUCUGUGCUUCUCAAUCGAGACUCCCCCGAUAUUGAAAGUCGCCUCAAGCGGCGCCGCAACCGCACCCACCAGGUCCGCUUCAAAGACCUGGAAGAUGGUAGCAGCAGCAGUGGCAACAGUGGAACAGGGGAAAACAAUAGCCAUCAGAAGCCUGCCAAAGACUGUGACAGUCCACAUCCUCUUCGCAAACACAGCAGCAGGUCCCCCCUGCCAUGGACUGACAGGGAUAGGCCACAGACCAAGGAUCUACCUGGCCAAACCUCUGUGGUUGGGGCUGUGCGUGGUGACAUGGCGAGCACUAUAGAGGUGGUGGCUGCCUUUUUAGCUCGAGCGCCUCCUCAUCCAUUGACACCUGGUCCUACACGUCGAACCUGGGCACCACCACAGGCUAACUCUCUAACCUUGCCAAUGACACGCAGGCCCAGCACAAGCACCAGCACAGCCAUUCAGACCUCCCCAUGCCUGAAAAAGCCCCAAUCUCUCUCUUCCUCCCACACUCGUAGCCACAGCCUUGGGGACUCAGUUGGGGUGGAUGGGGAUGACGAACAUGACUCUCAAGACGAGUUCCUUACUCACAACCAUGUGUUGUUACCUGCGUCCAAAGAUCAGAACGGUCCUCCUGGCCCAGGGGAGCGAACUGUGGUGGAACGAAGGUCUAAAGUAUCAAGGACAGAAAUGAAGUCUGCUGUAAAAACCUCAAGGCACAGCUGCCCUCCUUCAGUCCUUCAAAAUGCUGAGCCAUACCACUGUUCCUCUGUAUCCUGCCGAGAUGGACCCAAACGUCAGGGAAGCAGUACUCCCUCAGCGGUCAGGAGGAGAAAGCGUCUAAACAGGACAACGAGUGAUCCCGGAAAGGAAGUGCACUACUGCACCACUCCCACACAGACUGAAAGUCCCAGUCCAUCCCCACCCCCUUCAAAUGCCAAACUCUGUACCACUCAAGUUCAGACUGAGAGCCCAUCCCCUCCUUUAAGUUCAAAGUACUGCACCGCCCAGAGUCAAACUGAAAAUCACCAUUCUCCACCUUCAAGUGAGGAACAACGCACAACCCAAAUUCAGACCACCAGUACCAAUCCAACCCUACCUCUGAAUGCUGAACAGUGUACCGCUCAAAUACAAACAAGCUCUCCCAGUCACUCUUCUCCUGAUUGUAAACUUUCCACUACACAGACACAAACUAAAAGCCCGUUUGCUUCCCCACCUUUAAUACCAUCACCCAGCUCAGUGCAAACUCUGUGCAAGCCUAUAUCCCCAACAGUGACUCCAGACCCUCCUACUACCCAAACAACUACUGUGCCUUAUUGUACAUCUCCCCCACCUACAAGUGCACCAAUACAAACCCCUGAGCACUGCACAAAGCUACUUUGUACUUCUCCAGCCAAGUUAGUUUCCACGACCCCACCUCCUCCCAAAGCACUUUCCAUUCCUUACUCCACUUCUGUACCUACUGUUACCCAACUCCCAGUCCCCUAUUACACUGUUGUGUCCCCACCAACAACACCCAGCACAGCCGCGGUCUGCUCCAGUGCUUCUUCAGCUGCAUCGCCAUGCCCCACCCAAAACUGCACCCCCCUUAUGUCAAACAUGGUGACAUCCCCUCAGUUAACCCGCUCCACCCCUUCCCCAACUAUAACACCCAUUAUAACUCCUGCUGAUCUCACCAAACAUCCAACCCCUGCCCCAAAUGUAAUACAUCAACCACCAUCAGCAGCAUCAAAUACUACAUCUUCAUCAAAUGUAACUCCCUGUACAUUUGUUACUCAAACUGCCAUAUCUUGCACAUCCAUAUCAUAUUACACAACUACACAUGCAGUUGGUCCCCAUGCACCUCACUUGAAUCCAACUGCACCUUCUUAUGCCACAGUCAUUCAAACUGUCUCUCAUUGCAACAUCCCAUGUCAAACUUUGCAAAAUACCUCUUCUGCUUGCACAGGCAUAACCCCUUAUUCCUCCCCCGUCCCAAAACUGAAAUCUUGCACUUCCCCGCCUCCGCUUGUGAAAACCUAUGCGUCCACUCUUGCAAAUGUUCAACAAUGUGCAACACCAACUAAAGCCAUUCCUCUGUACUCUUCCACAUUUCGUGCUGCACCACCAUACACCCCCCCUUCUCAGACCCCGUACAAUGCUCAGGAUAAGAGGGGCAUUCGACUUCCACCUCCUCCUCCACCGCCUCCACCAUACACACCACGAAAAAAGGGAAAUGAUCCGCCAGGUCCUGCAGUCCGAACACCCAUGCUCAGGGCAGACAGCAAGGUCAGCAACAAAGAUAAAGAUAGAGAGAAGGAAAAAAAGGAGGAUAUAAAAGACUCACCAAAGCUCUGUGAGAGAGCCAGCUCUCUGAAGCACAGAGCUCAAACUCCGCCAGUUGCUGUGAUGAAGGGAGAGAAGCAGUCCUCCUCCUCCUCCUCCUCUCCUGCCAAGGCCUGUUUUAAGCCCAGCUGUCUUAGCUCAGCCCAGGCUCAGCUUGGGGCGCUACACAAAAUGCUCUGCUCAGGAGCCAACGUCAGGCCGAACACCCCCAACAGCCAACACGCUCUCCCUCCAAAUCAGCAGGGAUGCUCUGGAUCCAGGGGCUGCUCUGCUUCUGGGGGGCGGCCUACAGCUGGGCCCCUGACUGCCACCCAGGCUGAUACUCUGAGACAGGUCCAGGAAAUUCUGGGAGGGUUGGUGUCUGGGGCCAGGUGUAAAUUGGACCCAUCCAGGGUCACAGAAAAGCUCUUGAGUCCCAAUGGCCCCCUGCAUGAUAUUCGUAGCUUGCAGACUCAACUUCACAGCCUGGAGGGGGUCCUGGAGACCAGCCAGAACACCAUUAAGGUCCUGCUGGAUGUCAUUCAAGACCUUGAGAAGAAGGAAGCUGAGAGAGAUGGAAGACAUUCCUACAGAACCGGACAGGACAUUGAGAACUGUGGGACCUGCAGGGACUGCGCGUGCAUCAUCUACAGUGUAGAGCAUGACUUUCGCCUGCAGGAAGGGCAGGUUGUACGCACGUGGAAGGUGGGCGACCCUCCAGAAGGCUCGCCACAGACACCCACACCCCAGCCCACGGCACCUCACCAACAGGACUCCCCACAACCAGUGCGACCCCCUGCCACCACCAAGAAGAACCGGAAGAAGUGCUUCUGGUUCCUCUGAACACCGAGAGGAUGGAGACAUUUUUAUACUAUAAUGCACUGAGUAAUGGUCUUUAAAAAAAACAAAAACAAAGAAAAAAAAGAAAGAAAAGAAAGAAAAGAUUACCUGCAGAGAUUUGUUUAAAGGAACAAAUGUUAAAUGAACGAGUGGAUUAAAAUGCAAACGUACAACUGUGGGUGGAGAAAGAGCUACAAAGGUUACAAUUUAAGCUGUUUCUGCUGGAGUCUAAAAUAAUGGUUUGACUGGGAGGCACAUGUUGUUACUGCUCUUAAAAUGCCUCUUCAACGCUCACAGGUCUGACACCGGUGCAGGGAAGUAAAAAGUGCUGAAGUCAAAUAAAAGUAAAAGUUCAGUCCACAAUAUGACUCACGGUUAGGAAGCAAUUAGGAGAUAUAAAAAGAAUAUAUAGCGGCUAAGGGGCACAGCACGAGCGGCAGUAUAGCAGAUACCAUGGAGCAUAUUUAUAAAUGAUGUAAUGAACAGAGUUUUAUGGGCAAAGAGAUAAAGAGAAAUAGGACUUAUCUUCAUUACUGGACUAAUGAGGGUCAGAACACCAGCUUUUAUAUCCAGAGACAUUUAAAAAAAAAAAAGAAAGAGAGAGAGAGAAUUAUUAUGACCUGUAUUUAAAAGUUUUAUUAUAAUGUAAUUGAUGAAAAUUAAAAAAAAACAUUUCAUGUGUCUACAUGCACAUACAGCACACACGCCAACACACAGGAGAGCAAAUAAAUCGACAUAUUUACAUAAAUAAAGGCAUAUAUGACUUGAGAGAAUGGUGAGUUGAGUUCUGUAUAUGUCAGAGCUGUUUUGCUUGGAUGCUAUAUUUCAGAUAUGGAUUACUGCUAAAUAAAAGUAUUUUACCACA